ACUCUCACAUGCAAACCUGUGCCACAGACCUCAACUUCUAGAGAGAGAGAGAAGAGAUAGAGUUAAUGGCCACCGCCGGCGCCUUCUCCGCCAUCCUCCUCCUCUCUCUAACCCUCCCCUCCAACGCCUGCCUCCCCGCCGACCGCGCCGCCCUCCUGGCCUUCAAAUCCACCCUGAUCGAGCGCCACCUCGGCAUCUUCCGCACGUGGCGCGGCACCGACUGCUGCCGGCGCUGGUACGGCGUCAGCUGCGACCCCGAGAGCCACCGCGUGGCCGACAUCAACCUCCGCGGCGAAUCGGAGGAUCCUAUCUUGGAAAAGGCCAACCGCACCGGCUACAUGAUCGGCCACAUCUCCCCCGCCGUCUGCCGCCUCACGCGCCUCUCCAGCCUCACAAUCGCCGACUGGAAGGGCAUCUCCGGCCCCAUCCCCUCCUGCAUCACCUCCCUCCCCUUCCUCCGCAUCCUCGACCUCGUCGGCAACAAGUUCACCGGCCCCAUCCCCGCCGACAUCGGCCGCCUCACCCGCCUCACCGUCCUCAACGUCGCCGAUAACCAGAUCUCCGGCUCCAUCCCCCGCUCCCUCACCAAUCUCUCCUCCCUCAUGCACCUCGACAUCCGCAGCAACCACAUCUCCGGCUCGAUUCCGAGAGAUUUCGGAAAACUGAGAAUGCUCAGCCGCGCAUUGCUCAGCAAAAACAAGCUCACCGGCGCAAUUCCGGCCUCGAUCUCCUACAUCUACCGCCUCUCAGAUCUGGAUCUGUCUCUCAACCAGCUCUCCGGCCCCAUCCCCGCAUCGCUCGGCAAAAUGGCGGUUCUCGCAACUCUAAAUCUGGACGGCAACAAAAUGUCCGGCCAGAUUCCGACGACGCUGAUCAAUUCGGGAAUUAGCAUACUGAAUCUGAGCAGGAACGCGCUGGAAGGCUACAUUCCGGAUGCGUUCGGGCCGAGAUCGUACUUCACGGUGCUGGAUUUGUCGUACAACAAUCUGAGAGGGAGGAUUCCGAAAUCGAUAUCGACGGCGACGUUCGUCGGGCACCUCGACGUCAGCCAUAACCACCUCUGUGGGCCCAUACCGGUGGGAGCUCCGUUUGAUCACCUCGAAGCGUCGUCGUUUACCUACAAUGAUUGCCUAUGCGGGAAGCCGCUUCGAGCUUGCUAGUUUUGAAUUAUGUUUGUGUCGCCUUAUCUUGUUUCAUUAUUAUUGUAUUAUUUAAAUAUAUAUAUAUAAUAAGUGUAUAUUUCUAA